AUGUAUACUACAGAUAUACCCGCUAGACCUAACGAAAUUAGUUUAAGAGGAAAAGAAAUUCAAAAAGGAAUAAAGGCGAGACUGAGAGAAGCGUCAUUUAAUAUAAGCGGAGGAGUGAGUGGUCCUAUAGGCCAAAGCUUUGAGGGAGGGAGCUCUAAGUGCCUAUUGUUAUCCUUGCCCUUACCCCCGCCCUCUGAUGUCGACCAAUCAGCUACGGGAUUGCAAAAAGUCGAUCCACCAAUAGAGGGCAGAGACUGCAGGGUGGUGAGAGACCCACAGACCUUCAAAUCAAAGGGAUAUGGCUUCGUAUCUUUUGUCAAGAAAGCCACAGAACAGCAGAUACACUUCAUGUCAUGUGUAAUUGGAGCCUUUACUAAUCACAUCACAUCCCCUUCUGCUGUUGGCAGUGACAAUCCUGCUACAGCGAUACUGUUAUUGCUUUGGAAUCGUAUCUCAAAGGGAACGAAGCUGUUUCCUUAUUAA